CUCUCUCCAUUGAUUUUACCUUUUGGUUUCCUAGAAUCUCCUAGCCAGCCUGACAAUGGCUGAUCAUCUCCUGGAUUUCUUCCUCUCUAAAUUUCCCCGUUAACAAACCCUCAAAAUAGGGCAGGAUGGCCUCUUGGAGCCCUUCUCCUUUCCCACUCCUCGCUGGCCUCCUGUCUUUCCUCCUCCUAUGCCGCCCCUCGGCCGCCUCCGCGACCCCCUCCGGUGGCAUCCAUCAUGGCUUCAUCCGGAAGCCGUUGUCUCCGGAGAUCCCCGUCUUCCGCGAGGCCCCUGCGUUCCGCAAUGGCGAGGCCUGCAGCUCCCCGCCGGGCAAUGCCACCAUCCACGUCGCCAUGACCCUUGAUGCCAAUUAUCUUAGGGGCACCAUGGCUGCCGUCCUAUCGAUCCUGCAGCACUCGACUUGCCCUGAGAACUUCGAGUUCCACUUCCUCUUCAUGCGGCUCGAGCCUGAGGUCUUCUCCAGCAUCAACUCCACCUUCCCCUACCUCCGUUUCCGGGUCUACCGCUUCGACUCCAACCGGGUGCGUGGCAAGAUAUCCAAGUCAAUCCGGCAAGCGCUCGACCAGCCCCUCAACUAUGCACGGAUCUACCUCGCAGACCUAAUACCCGUCGAUGUCAAGCGUAUAGUCUACCUUGACUCGGACCUUGUGGUGGUCGACGACAUUGUGGACCUGUGGCAGGUGGACCUGGAGGGUAAGGUCCUGGCCGCCCCCGAGUACUGCCAUGCCAACUUCACCAAGUACUUCACGGAGCUCUUCUGGUCAGACCCUGCCCUUGCGAGGACGUUCCUAGGGCGGAGGCCGUGCUAUUUCAACACCGGCGUGAUGGUUGUUGACGUCGAGAAGUGGAGGCAAGGAGGGUACAGCCAAAGGGUGGAGGAAUGGAUGGCCGUGCAGAAGCAAAAGAGGAUAUACCACUUGGGCUCAUUGCCUCCAUUCUUGCUUGUUUUGGCUGGGAACAUAAAAGCGGUUGACCACAGAUGGAAUCAACAUGGCUUGGGUGGUGACAAUCUCGAAGGCAAAUGCAGGGCUCUCCAUCCUGGCCCCAUAAGCCUCCUCCAUUGGAGUGGCAAAGGCAAGCCUUGGCUAAGGUUGGACUCAAGAAAGCCAUGCACGGUUGACCAUUUGUGGGCACCUUAUGAUCUCUACCGUUCAUCAAAACCUUCAUUAGAGGAAUAAUAUGGAAGAUAU